GGCGGCGCCGCCCCUCCCCUCACAUGACCGAUGGCGAGGUUUUUAUCGGGCCCGCUCGCCUCUGCCGCUCGCCACUCGCUGCUUCUCGGCGCCCCUGCGCCCGCCGCCGGCGGCAUGGAGCCGCGCGCCUCCUGCCUCCCCUUCCUUCUCCUCCUCCUCCUCGGCACCUCCGGCUUUUUCCAGUCCUAUGCAGUGGAAGUAGAUGUAAAGGAUGCCUCUAAUGCUACAUGCCUGUAUGCGGAAUGGAUGAUGAGAUUCUUGAUAAAAUAUGAAACAAACAGUAGCGAUUAUAAAAACACAACGUUGCAUUUGUCAUCCAGUGUGACACACAAUGGAAGCGUCUGUGGCAAUGACACACAAGCUGCGCUUCUGGCAGUACAGUUUGGAGAAGGUCACUCUUGGAGCAUUAACUUUACAAAAACUAAUGAAACUUACCAAGGGGACUUCAUCACAUUUACCUACAACACCAAUGAUACUGCUGUAUUUCCCGAUGCUAAAAGAAAAGGACCAAUUACUAUUGUUGUAAAGGAUAUUAUGCAUCCAGUUCAACUGAAUAACGUCUUCGUCUGUCAUAAUACUGACUUUGUUGAAGCAGAGAACGUAACGCAGAUUUUCUGGAAUGUUACUGUGCAGGCUUUUGUUCAGAAUGGCACAAUCAGUAAAAAAGAGUCUAGAUGUCACGCUGACACGCCUACUUCUGCACCUACUGUUCCGCCUACUGUUGCCAAUGUAACUACUGCAUCUACCACCACUUUAUCACCUGCUCCAACCACUGCUCCCAAACCUGUGGAGAAUCCAGACACAGGAAACUAUUCUCUCAAAAGUGGAAACAAAACUUGUUUUCUGGCUACUGUGGGGCUGCAGCUGAAUGUUUCCCGCGACAAGCCUCUUCUGAUCAACAUCAAUCCAAAGACAACUAGCGCAGAUGGUACAUGUGGUAACACAACAGCUACUCUGAAACUGAAUGAUGGAAAUAGCACGUUGAUCAGUUUCACAUUUGUUGUUAAAAAUGCAAGUGCAAGUGUACAAAAAUUUUAUCUGAAAGAGGUGAAUGUUACACUGCUCAACCGUCUGAAUGUCAUUUCAAAUGCAGAUAACAACAAUUUCAGCAAGUGGGAUGCUUACCUUGGUAGUUCUUACAUGUGCCGAAAAGAGCAAACUCUUGAGAUUAAUGAAGAUUUUCAAGUACAUACUUUUAAUCUAUGGAUUCAGCCAUUCCUUGUGAAGGCAAAUAAGUUCUCUACAGCCCAGGAGUGUUCGCUGGAUGAUGACAGCAUUCUAAUCCCAAUUGUAGUUGGUGCUGCACUUGCUGGCUUGAUUGCCAUUAUAGUGGUUGCUUACAUAAUUGGCAGAAGAAAAAGCUAUGCUGGAUAUCAAACUUUGUGAAUCUGAAUGUGAUUCUUGUUCCGAUUUCACUCUAAACAAAGCAAGUGCAAGUUCUGAAGUCCAAAAAAGACCCAAAACUUAAGAGUAAUUACUAGCCACAGCUAAUUGGAGUUCAGAAACAAAGAGAGAAUGUUUCUCUCAGAUGAAACAGAACUACGUUUUUAGUUUUCCUGCUCUAAGAAGACGACGUGGGUUUCAUAGCUGUUUUGAAGAUGUCAAAUACUGGAAGAAUUGCUAGGCUAAGGAUUUUAUCUUGCAAAAACCCUGAAGUGUUGAGGAUUUAUUUCUGCUUUUUACAAAUUGUAGCCUGAAACAAGAACACAUUCUAAACUGAUGUGUACUGGGCAACUCCCAGAAUAGCAUAGAAUUUGUACUUGCUUCUCCUCUGCGUUCCUUAGUUGUUGUCAUAAUUGUGGGUUAAGCUGGCAGCAUUAGUCACUAUGUUGACUCGUAUAGUAUUUAACAAGGAUUGUACAAUGCCCAGUAACAACUUCGUUUUUCAUAGAAUUGAACUUUAGGCUGGUGAUUAAGUGAUCUUUUGAAAUGGCAGCAGUAACUUACUUAGCUUUACCAGAAUUUGAGUAGUUUACUCCUGCCUUGGUGUAGUUUCAGGAAUCAUUCCUAUACCCUGGCUGUACAAACAAAAUGAGUAACCUAUACUUGCCAAAUGGUGGAUAUAUAGGAAGACUUCAGUGCUGUUUCCAAAUGCAUUAAAAAAAAAAAAAAAUUACUGUUAGGCACUGAAUUCUUCAUCACUUAUUAUACCUUGGCAAUCAUCUAAAAUACUCAACUGAGGCAGAGUUCUGCUAAAUUAAUGCAAGCUUUUUUGCUGGCAUCAGUUUAAAGGGAAUAACCUUUCUAAAUAUUCCAGAACUUUAAAGUGCACUUAACUUUAUAUCAUACUCUGCACAGAACUGGUCUGUCUUGUUGCUUUGAAUGACUAUUGUUUAAAGAUGCUUUCAUUUAAUGAGCCAGUAUCUGCUGUUGCAGCUUGAGCUGUCUAAAUCUUCAUCUUGAAUGGUUCUCUGCCAAUCAAAAUUCACAUUAUAACUGCCCGCCAUUGGCAUUCUGAAUGUUUAAUGUAGUUUGUGUUUGAUUGUUUGCUAUGUAGCAUUUAUUAAUGUUAAGAAUGCAAAAGCCAAACAAGUCUGAGAUGGGCCCACAACACCUGUUUUUCCUUGCUGUUUGGAAAGGAUAACUAGCUUAAAAAAAAUGCAGUGCAACUGGACUGUUCUUGAACUGCAGCUCUGUAGAGACUAACCCUUGCUGCACAACUUUUCUCUGGCCUACUUGUGCUGUAAUACAUAGUUUUUACUGCAUGGGAAAAAAAAAAAAGUCUUUUGGACUUUUAGGUAAGUGUGGCUUUUUUUGCAUAUGUCAUAACAUGAGCUGCCUAAACUAGUUAUUUAAUGAACAUAACGUUUCCCUCUUUAGAAUGAGUUUAACCUGCAUCAAAGCUGGUUUAGUGUUUUAUUAGUGUUUUCUAGGGUUGUGGAAAUGUCUGUGGCAUGUUUGUAUACAAAUCAUAAAAUACACUUCUUUCAGUAAUUUUUUUUUUUUUUUGUAAAAACGGUUUACUCUUGCCAAGGAAGCAAGUAUGGGUGGAUAAUGCUUACUAGAGCUUGUAGUCUACAGCUUGAAUCUUGCAUCAGUUACUGAAAUUCAUUUUAAUGAAAGUGGAGAACUACUAUAAUUUUAAUCCUGAAAUAGGCUUCAAGACUUUCCAUUUUAAUUAAAAAAAAAAAGUGGAUCUAAUGACUUUCAUAUUAAUAUAUCCUCAAAUGCAGAAGUUCAUCUAGAUUUUUAGCACUUUUGUGACUGAUGUUCAGUGGCACCAGCUACACAUGCAUUUCUGUUAAGGAGUAGUUACCACACUGUAUUCAUCUGACCGUGUAAAUUUUUGGACUGUGCACGGUUUCCAAGUGACGGUAUAGAAGAUGAGUGCAAACUGUUCCCAAAAUUCAACAAUACUAGAAGUAUCUUUGCAAAAACCUGCAACUUAAUCUUCAUUUGCAAGUAUGUUGGCUCAGAGAUUAAGAUACUCCUAGACUGACGUGCAGAUAACUGGUUCAGAAAACAUCUAAGUUUCACCUGACUGCCUGUUGUUAUAAAACCACUAGUUUUCCUCUAUGUAUUGCUCCGUAGGGAACUGUCAACCUGUUCAACAUGUGCUCUAAAUAAUAAAGAUUGUUCUAUUUCUUAA